UUCUUAAACUGUGCUGUACUCCUCUUUAGAGAGCUUCCAUCAGGCUUCAAACGUACCUUGUAGAUGAUUCAAGAUUCAAGAGUUUAUUGUCAUGUGUCCCUGAUAGGACAAUGAAAUUCUUGCUUUGCUUCAGCGCAACAGAACAUCAUAGGCAUGACUACAGAACGGAUCAGUGUGUCCAUAAACCAUUAUAUAAAUAUAUACACACAUGAAUAAAUAAACUGAUAAAGUGCAAAUAAGUGCAAAUGGGCUAUUAAUGUUCAGAGCUUUGUCUGAGCCGAGUUUAAUAGCCUGAUGGCUGUGGGGAAGUAGCUAUCCCUGAACCUGGUCGUUGCAGUCUUCAGGCUCCUGUACCUUCUACCUGAAGGUAGCGGGGAGAUGAUGUGUGGCCAGGAUGGUGUGGGUCCUUGAUGAUGCUGCCAGCUUUUUUGAGCCAGCGACUGCGAUAGACCCCCUCGAUGGAAGGGAGAUCAGAGCCGAUGAUGGACUGGGCAGUGUUUACUCCUUUUUGUAGUCUUUUCCGCUCCAGGGCGCUCAAGUUGCCAGACCAAGCCACGAUGCAACCGGUCAGCAUGCUCUCUACUGUGCACCUGUAGAAGUUAGAGAAAGUCCUCCUUGACAUACCGACUCUCCGUAAUCUUCUCAGGAAGUAGAGGCGCUGAUGUGCUUUCUUAAUAAUUGCAGCAGAUCAGGUGAGCCACUCACCGCUGAAUACCUGCGCUUGUAGCCACGUUUCUUAUGUGACUGAUUCAGUCGGAUUUCUGGUCAAUUGUGACCCUUAGGACAUUUAAAUUGGAGGACUUGGAAAUAGCAUUGUCAUGGGUGGGUUGUUAUACACCCUCUUCUUAGAGAUGAUCAUUGCAGUACUGUUAGAUGUUCUCCCUCCACAUCCACCCUGUCAAUCCCCCUUUGGACCUCACACUGUUGAAUAAGGAAUAGGACUGAGAUGAAGAAAAACGUUUUCACCUAAAGAGUUGUGAAUCUGUGGAAUUCUCUGCCACAGAACUAAGUGGAGGUCAAUUCACUGGAUGUUUUCAAGAGUGAAUUAGAUUUAGCUCUAAGGGCUAACGGAAUCAAGGGAUAUGGUGAAAAAGCAGGAACGGGGUACUGAUUUUGGAUGAUCAGCGAUGAUAAUAUUGAAUGGCGGUGCCGGCUCGAAGAGCCGAAUGGACUACUCCUGCACCUAUUUUUCUAUGUUGUUAAUGUUCCAGAUGAGUUACCUGACUGCAUUUGAGUUCCAGAGAGGGUCCUGGCCGCUGGUUACAACCAGUCACCCUCCCGGGCUGUGAUAGUGGGAUCUUGCCAUGCCGGGGCACGAGCGGGCACAGGGCGCGGAAACAACAGGUGGCGGCCGGCGGGCGCGCGCGCGCGUGACAACGACUGGGCGGACGAAGAGCGCAGGCGCGGGCGAGGGGGCAAGCUCGCGCGGCCCCGCUUGCGCGCGCGCCCCCGGUCUCCCAGCGCUGGCGGCGGCGCGCACGCAGCCGCUGCGGUUGCCGCCGAGUGAAUGGCCGCCGUCCGCUAGUGAGACGCUACCGGGCACGAGCGGCUGAGACGCGGAUCGGUGUCGCCUCUUCCCCCCCACCACCACCAUCACCACCACGCACACACAAUGGAGGGAGUAAACUGAGGGCGGGGUCGUCGAGCGAGUCCGCCGUGCUCGCUGUGAGCUGAGGGGCCGAGCCCGGGGGCCAGCUGAGGCGAUGCUCCGCGGCACGGGCCGGGCGCUCGCCAGCCGCCGCCGUCUGGCUGCCGAGUGAAGGCGGCCGCGCUCCCGCCAUGGACAAACUCACCAUCAUCUCAGGCUGCCUCUUCCUGGCGGCAGACAUCUUCGCCAUAGCCAGCCUGGCCAACCCAGACUGGAUCAACACCGGGGAGUCCGCAGGUGCUCUGACGGUUGGCCUCGUUCGCCAGUGUCAAACAAUCCACGGGCGUGAACGAACAUGUGUCCCUCCUCGUCUUCCACCUGAAUGGGUCACCACACUCUUUUUCAUUAUCAUGGGCAUUAUUUCAUUGACGGUAACGUGCGGCUUGCUGGUGGCCUCUCACUGGCGAAGAGAAACCACCAAAUACGCCCGCUGGAUAGCCUUCGCUGGAAUGAUCCUGUUUUGCAUGGCGGCCCUCAUCUUUCCGAUUGGAUUCUACAUCAAUGAGGUUGGUGGCCAGCCUUACAAGUUGCCCAACAACACCCAGGUUGGGUCCUCGUACGUGCUGUUUGUGCUGUCCAUCUUCUUCACCAUUGUGGGACUCCUGUUCGCAGGGAAGGUCUGUCUCCCCGGGUGAGGGCCUGGCAACAUCCGCCUGGUUUUUCAUCCUUUGGGAAGACCUGGUUACCGCUUCCCGAGUUGCGUCUCUGCAGCCGGAGAACCGUUGGAGCGACCUCUGCCAUCGAGGAUGGAUUAGUUCUUGUCACUACGCACUUUGGAGACGGAGAAGACGAGUUUCCUUCACCCCGUGAGACUCCAGAACCGAUGAGCAAACUGCUUUGUCGAUCAGGGCGGGGCUCUGAGGGGAAGGCGGCCGAAGAGUUACCAAGACCCAGCCUCCUUUCCCACCGUUAACACUAAACCUAUCACUGUUUCAUCUUAACUGCGGACGUUGGAAUCCACUCUUGCUCUUUACAAAGAGCCUGGGUUUGCGCUGGUAAAGAGGAGGCAAAUCUUGUGGGGCAGGCCUCACUGGAAGGACUUGGCAUGCUGCAGCAUCUCAAAGAUGAGAAACCAUUCAAAGACCGAGGGAGGGGAGGGGAGGGGGACACUCACACUACUUAAACUAAAGUGAUACCAAAAUGGAUUUGACCCAGGGUUUGAGUCUCUGUAGUGGCCGUCUGACCAGGGCAAGGCGGGUGAAGCGUACAGAUCAAAAGUUGCAUUCUAGUCUGUAUAAAGCAAUUACAGAAAAUUAUUCCUGCUGGAUAUUAAAGCCAAAUAUAUCAUUAUUUUUUAAAUAAUAUCUAAGAGACGCUCCCUUUUCCCGUUUUCUGUUGGCCGAUGCAGUCCAAUACGGAUGCAGCUUGGGAAAGUUGGUCACAAUACUGGAAGACACUACUAUGCGAACGUAGAAACGAUUCGAGUCGCUGUUACCUUGAGGUUGGAAGCCCUCAGUUACCUCAUUCUUUGUGCUUUGUCUCGUUUUUAUUUUGUAGCAUCUGACCCUGACUCCGGUCCCCUGCUUUCACACAAAUACCACCACAGGUCAAAACUUCGCUGGGUGCAAUUGUCUUUAAAAGUUGACUAAGCUGAACUAAUAGAAAAGAAAGUUAUCUUUAUUAAAUUAUUUCUAUAUGAGGAGAAAAUAAGAUUGUGACGUCCUUUUCAACACUCCACCGCUUGAUUUUUAUUUUAUUUUUUUUGCAAUAUCGUAGCUUAUGUACUGGCUGUGAUUGUCUAAAGUUGCUCAGUCAUUCUGAUGUAGCUUUACCUCCUCUGUGUGCGUGUGUGUGUGUGUGUGUGUGUGUGUGUGAGAGAAAAAGAGAAAGAGAGAGAGAGAGAGAGAGGGAGAAACCCUUGAUCUAUCCCAGUUUCUCUGGGAUGUCCAUUGCUUAACAUUACAAGAUGGCACCAUGUCUAAUGGAACUGGUGGUCUGCUUCCACAGGUCAGGGUAGGGGCAGCAAUGAGAACUUUGCUUUUAACUCCCGGCACCACUGUGGAGCUUACUGCGACAUUGGGAGCGCUGUGGGGGUGAGCUGCCUGAUAUAGACAGGCAGAGGGAUGCAGCAGAUGUGGAGUUGAACUUGUUAACCAUAGUGUUACUGCGCAUCGCUCAUCGGACCCCGGCCUUUACACCUGAACAAUGUGCUGGGGAUACGAAUUGCUCUGCAGGUGCUUCCAGGGUGCUUCUCUCUCCUCUCAAAGUGUCCUGCCUGUCUUGGCCAUGGUAGACGGGUGCUCCCAGGCACCUCUGUUCCAGCUCUCCCCACUGACAGGGCACAAAGUUUGGGGGGGGGGGGUGGUGAGCAACCCACUGCCUGUGGUGUGUGUUCACACCGACAGAAGGAGAGAGGGAAUGGGGCAGGAUGUAAGAAUCAUGGCUACAAGGAGUUACAUCGGCAGCAGCUUCAGUCAUCUGCAUGGGAACGGGAUGUAGGAUGUAGGAAAAACUUGUGCAUUAAGAAACGAUUGUGUUCCAAAGCAAUCUUAUACCUCAGCUAUUUCCUUGCAAGUUCUUUGGGCAGCACGCUGGACGCUGGGCCCUCUGAACCAAGCAGCAGGAAGCAGGUGGCUGGGAAUAUGAACAGAGAGAACACUAGGCGAUUGGAAUUACAGCUGGACUUUAGAUUGAUUCCAUCCAUAUCAUGUACCCCAUUGUUCUAAACCAAAAGCUAGAGAUUCCUGUAAAAAAAUGUAGGGAGGUAGUUCAUUGAGUUGUAACAAAAGUUUGUUUGGUUGAGUUUGUGAUGUCAUCAACUUGAUGUAGAACUUCAGGUUUCCAUGAAUACACCACACUAUUAUUUUAGUGCGCAUGGUUUCCACCACAUGGGCUCUCCAAGCCCACUGAACGCUGCAUCGUUCCUCAUGCUCAAAUACAUUCAAUCUGUCCAACCCUCCAUCCAUCCAUCUCUCCCUCCCCCUGUCCCUCACUCUGUCCUCCAUAUCUCCCUUCUCUUCCCUAUCUCCCCCCCCCCCCCUAUUACUCUCUCGCUUUGCACGUUCUUUAGCAUUUCCCUUCACUUGCCCUCUAUCUUUCCUGAGCAAAACAACGUGCUGGAGAAUUGUGAGGGAAUGGCCAGGGGAUGUUUCAGGUCGGGGCCCUUGGUCAGACUGAUAGUACAGGGGAGGGGUGGGGGUGGGAGCCGGCAAGUGAUAGGUGGAGGAGGUUGGGAGCUGUUGGCCAGCAGAUUCCAAGUCCAACCAUUGGUGCUGGCUCUUGCCCCACCCCUCUCCCCACCUCUCUGACAGCUCUCUCCCCUCUCCCCGUAAGGCUGAAGAAGGGGCUUGACCUGAAAUGCUGUUUGUUAAUUUCCUUGGCAGAUAGCUUAGUUUAGAGACACAGCAUAGAAAUAGGCCAUUCGGACCACCGAGUCCACGCCGACCAUCAAUCACCCAUUCACACUCGUUCUCUGUUACCCCACUUUCACAUCCACUCCCCACUCACAGAGGCAAAUCAGAGGAUGUGGGAGGAAACUGGAGCACUCGGAGAAAACCCAUGCGGUCACAGAGAGAACGUGCAAACUCCACACAGACAGACAGCAUCUGAGGUUACGAUCAAACCCAGGUCUCUGGCACUGCGAGGCUGCAGCUCUACCCGCUGUGCUGCCCGUUUCUGACCCGCUAAGUUCCUCCAGCGGUUGGAGUCUUGUUCAAGAUUCCAGCUUCUGCAGUUCCUUGUCUCUCUUCCCUCCCCGCUGGUGUUCAUGUUGUACCUUUUCAACCGGAUUCCACAGGUGAAUGCUGUGUGCCUGGCCAGGUGGAAGAUCAUAGCAUAGCUUGGCAUUGUUCCUUCUCACACCUUGCUCUCCAAUCCAGGUUGCACACUUAACAUAACACAAGUACAUGAAAUAACACACAAGGAACAGUUCAGAAUAAAAGUAUUUAUGGUCGACACCACAUAUGUGAUUGACCAGUGAUUUUUAAGUGACAAAUCUGUACAUAAAAGGUUAUAUCAAGGUAAUGCAAGCAAUCCUUAGGAUAAAUUAUCAUAAAAUGUCUUACGGUCUGGUUACUGAUUCAUAGAGCAACAAUUUUUAUAUAACUUAUUAUCUGUCAUAUAUUUUAUGGCAAACCCAUAACGCAGUCCUUCAGUAAUACAAUAUCGUAGGAAGGCUAUAAAUCCUGUUACAUGCCUUUGGAGUGUGUGUUUACGGAGUCACAAGUCUCGUUUAUGUUACAGAAAUUUCUACAAUAACACUGUGCUUUGAGAGGCAGUACAAGACUGUCUGUUUCCCACAACCGAGUGAUCUUUAAAAUGGCCAUCAACGAGAAUGCCAAAUGACUGAUAUUCUGGAUGACAGUGAGCGCAAGGUGGCUUCUGAGGCGACCCCUCAGUCCUGUAGUAUUAUGUAUCCUGAAACCCACUACACUGGAGCAGAAUCAAUGCACCACCUCCUCUUUCCCGUGCCCCAUCUGGGCUCAUACCCACAUCUCCCCUUCCACUUGCAUUGUCCUCCAGCUACACAAUCUUCAACUCUUCAAUCCUUUUGUCUCACACCUUCUGACCUCUUACCACUGACCUUUGUCCAACCAUCUGCCUAUCAACUCCUCAACCUACAACCCCCCCCCCCCCUCACCUGUAUCAACCUAUUAUCGGCUAAUCUCUGUCCUGCCCCUCCUCUCUUCCAGUUCACUCCCCCAGUCCGAAGAAGAGUCCCGACCCAAAACAUCAUCUAUCCAUGUUCUCCAGAAAUGCUGCCUGACCCGCUUUUAUCUUUUCUUGUAAACCAUACCUACAGAUCCUUGUGUCCACAUUUUCAGACUGUUACACUCACUGACGGCUACGCAAAGGAAGUAAGUCAUUGGAUGCAACAUGAUCCAAUGAAGGUCCUUGUUAUGGUCAGCACAGAAAUGAAAAAGUACCUAUUCUUUGGACUGAAUUUUGUUUUAUAAAAUUCAUUGAGAUCAGGCUGUGGUGCAGUUAUCCGUUUUAACGGUGCUGGAUAAAGCAAGGGGGAGAAACCCUGAUUAUAAUAACUUUUGUAAAGUGAAUGUGAUGGGAGACAGUUUCAGGCUGACAAGGAAACACUGAAAUCAUGGCAUUCUGUUCUCUGAUGUCUCAAUUGAUGAUUGAGUUGUAUUAUUUCUUGAUUUGUGUACAGUUGUUUACAUGCAUUUCGUCCCUGGCUUCCGGCUCACAUCAAACCCUGUCUGAAGGACGUGACCUUGAAGAAUGACACAAAGAUCUCUGUGCUUGCAACUAGUCUGAUGGUUAGUCCAAGAAUUCCCAGUAGUUUCUUACUAUAUAGAGUCACAAGGGAUUUGGGGGGUUUGUGCAAGGCCUGCACAGUAUCCUGUAAUAAUGUCAAUGUUUUAUAAUUGGUUUUGGCAGUUUUUAAAUCCAAUAAUUUCAGAGGAAGCAUUGUUAAUAUGUCUGUAUAAAGAGAACAUAAUUUUCCUUCACUUGUAUUUUUGUUAUUGAGCAAGUUUAUCAAAAUAAAAUGAUUGCCUACUAAA